UAGCGGCCUCGGUGGUGCUUUGUUGAACUAAAAUGCAAAUGUCUGUCUCUGUGUGGGAUUGAUGUUUACAAUAAUUGUAAUUUCACCUAGAAAUAUUUCACGAUCGUAAUUCAGUAAUUAUGGUGAUAUAUAUGUAAUUAGUGGUUUUGGUUCAAAAAUUUUAUGGUGGUAUAGCCACCAGUAGCUUAUUGACGUAGGAGUUCAGUAAAUAAUAUCGGCUGUGGAGUCGGGCGCGGCAUGCGCUUCAAACAGCGGUGUGCCAAUCGUCAGCAGUAGAUUUCAACUUAUAAGAGUUGACUUAUCGCAUAUUUAUUAAGUUGGAUUAAUUUGUUGAAAUUCGGCAUCGCCCGAUACAAUAAUAACGGUAAAAUAUACACGGUAGGAUAAGAAAAAUAAAUUAAAAAAAUAUGCGGGAGUACAAAAUUGUAGUACUUGGGUCAGGGGGUGUAGGUAAAUCAGCUUUAACAGUACAGUUUGUUCAAGGUAUAUUUGUAGAAAAAUAUGAUCCUACUAUAGAAGAUAGUUACAGGAAACAGGUGGAAGUUGAUGGUCAACAAUGUAUGUUAGAGAUUUUAGAUACUGCAGGAACAGAACAAUUUACUGCUAUGCGAGACUUAUAUAUGAAAAAUGGUCAAGGGUUUGUUUUGGUCUAUUCAAUAACGGCACAAUCUACUUUUAAUGAUCUGCAAGACCUCAGAGAGCAAAUUUUAAGAGUCAAGGAUACUGACGAUGUACCAAUGGUACUAGUUGGUAACAAAUGUGAUUUAGAAGAUGAAAGAGUGGUUGGCAAGGAGCAAGGAAGUAGCUUGUCACGCCAGUUUAACUGUGCCUUCAUGGAAACCUCUGCCAAAGCAAAAAUAAUGGUUAAUGAUAUAUUUUACGAUCUAGUACGACAAAUAAAUAAAAAAUCGCCGGAGAAGAAACAGAAGCAAAAGAAGAAAUCGAUCUGUGCGCUCUUGUAAAGUAACUACACUUGGAACCAAAAAGUACAUUUAAAAAAAAUUCAAGACUUUUUUGAAGACUUUUGUGUAAAAGUGUAAUAAGCGUGAGGCAAGUGCGGACUUGCAGUGCAAGAAACACACAAAUAACAUACAUACACAUAAACAAAAUACACAUUUAAAUUUUUUUCAAAAAAAAAACAUAAAUGUACCCCUUGUAUUAAUUGUUCUUUUUUUCAUAUUUAAUAAUAAAUUCAGCUGUCCAUAAUUCGUCUAAGAUUGAGGUUAUUUAGAGGCAUUUUUAGAGAUAGGGUAUAUAAAAUACUACCAAACUGUGGUGUCAAAUAGAAGAUAGUUAAAACAAGGUAUUUUAGAGGAUGGCCAGAAGACAAUAUUAUACAUUCAGAAUUCAAACCUAAAUUCCCUUGCCUAUUCAAAGCAGUUUUACUAAUAUUAUAUCCACCACUGCUUAUAUCUUAAUGUUUUGAGAAUAUUUUUGGUGUCUUAUUUACUGGCAGUGGGAGACAGUUUUUUCUGCAAAGUUAUAUAUGUAGAUUGUGACCUUCAUGUCAUUGUGAUAGUAAUCUCCUUGGUGCUUUUAAGUAGCUAAUUUGAUGUUCUUCAAAUAAUCUGUUGUGGGAUGUAAAGAUUUUUAGACUUGUAUUCAUGCUAAAAUCUAUUUCCUAUGCACGAUGUUCCAACUUCUUUUAAAACAAUCACAUUUUCAUUGAACUGUACCACCCUGUGUUGAAGGUGCACUAGAACGAUACGCAAUAAAUUCAUAUUUACUCAAAUUUUGGUUUGUUGAAUUUAUGAAUUUUAUGCAAAUAGUUCUUUUGUACCAAAUAUUUACAUGUACCAAAAACAAAGAUAAGGACUUUUUACGUUAGAAAUUUAGAUGUAUUUCCAAAAAUCAUUAUAAGAAAUUAUUUGAUAUGUUCAGUCUUCCAUUCGUAAGAAGUGUAGAAAAAUUAUAUUUAAAGUUUUUGAAAAGUUAUCUUUAUAAACAUAAGCAGUGGUGUUAAGUAGUCGUUAUUUGACAAUAUUUUAAAGUAAUUUUUCGCAGUCAUUUUAUUCUUUCUGUCCUAUUUUUUUCUCAUAUUUAUAAAUUCGAAAACAGGGUGUGAAAAAAAUCGAGCACCAUAGAAAUUGAGAAGUGCUAAAAAUACAAGACGAUUAAUCUAUAAUUACUUUCGUCGAUACUAUAAAAAAUGGAACUUCACCAAUUACAAUGAAUAGAAAUACAAUACUUUAGGGCAUAGUUUUGAUAAAGAUUUUCUAUAAGUAGAAGAAGUUCCGAAUAAAGUGGCCUUAAGUUAACAUCUUAAAAAGUGCAAUAACAAAUAUGCUGCCCUAUUUUAAUUUUUAACCGUUUAAAAAAGGUAUUUUCCAUAAAAUACUGUCUUGAGAGCAUAUAGAUUUUUUAAUCGCCCUGUACAUGGUUUGUGUUGAGUAUUAAAAUGUUUUACAUAUGUAGAUUGUCUCUUUAGUUUAAUUUAUUGCUCAUUUUUUUAUCUUUAAAUGGACGACUGUUUAAUUUGUUUUAUGGAUAUAUAACAUUAUACCAUAUGAUCGGAAAAAAAAACGGCGUCCAGUUGGCUUGGAAAUGACGAUCGAUGACAGUUCUCACAUAAUUUUACAUACAAAAUGACAGCGGUGUUCAUUUCAUAGCCAUCGCUGACGCCGUUUCUUUUUCGGUCAUAUUGUAUUUGUUCUCAUUGGAUACUUUUUCUUACACAAGCAACAGUAACUGUCAUUUCAUUUAAUUAUUUAGUUCAUCACAUUAUUUUUCUAUAAAGCUAUUUACAAAAAUUUGAAUAACUGCAAAAUCACCAAUUAACUGUUAAAUUAAUUAUUGUAAAAGAAGCUAACAAAAUGACAACAAUUUUGCUAAAAAUUUAAUAUCUAUUAAAGAAACUACAAAUAUAUUUUUUAAAGAAAAAUUAUAUAAUUAAUAAUCGACAUAUAUAUGACACUUUUGAAAUCCAGUUUAUCCUUUUUCUAAUUUUUGAUGUAUAUUUGGCAAUUAGUGUUAUUCAAAACAUAAGAAGAAUGGCUUUAGAAUCAGAUAAACUGGACUCUAGUCCUCUAGUGAUAAAGUAAAUGUUAUUUUACAUUUCUUUGUUGAUAUUUGGUGUUUUUGCUCAAAGCCAAUAAAUUUGAUAGACAACAAUUCAAAUUUGCUAGAAAUAUUCGCCCGUUUUUUGUAAAUUAGAAUGUUUAAUAAUAAAAUGCAUUGGUAUUAAGUA